GAGCUACCUAGGGUCCCUGCCAAAUAUUGGGGCCGAGAUGAGCUAUUCGCAUGUCGAGUCAUUUGCCAAAAGCGACAUCCAAGCAUCCUCCCACUUCUUAAGGGUCAUACUGACCCGUCUGACGCUCUAACCCCAGGGGAAAUAGUCAAAUUCAUCGAAGGGCCCCGAUCUACUUAUAUCUCCCAAAGCGAGCGCGGCCUUGUACGAGACCCAGUGUAUGGCAUAUCUCUAGGUCAAACUUGGGCAGCCCUAGCCGCUUUCCUGGGCCCCAACAAAAACCAGACAUCGGGCAAGCGAGGCUAUCUAGAAGAGGAAGAGGAUGAUGAGGUUGAUAGAAUGACACUGAGACCACGGCAUAAGAAAUUACGAAAGGAGGACAGUGACGAGCCGGGAACUAUUAGUUUCGAUUCUAACAGCAACCAAAGUGAGAGUUCUCACGGUGAUUCGUGGCUUGGUUACAUUGAACUCAACGAUCAGGGUCCGCCUGAGGACGGCACUUUACAGCUCUUGUCGUCCGUCUUACGCCAUAUUUUGUACUACGGGAUCCCACAAGACGGGGAGACAUCUAAAUGUGUUGUCGAAUAUCGUUAUAUGAGGGCAAGUCUCUCCGCAUUUACAGAAAAGGGACGGCGGAAGAUUUCAGCAGUCGAUGACGGUGGUCUUUGCCUACGGCGGAGGGUGAAGGAUGCGUUUGUGGUUACCAAAGACCGAGUGGCAAUAAUAGAAGCUAAGAGGGAUUUUCAAAGCAUUCAAGAUGGUAGACCAGUCAUAUCUGAGAAACGUUUAGCCCAGAUGACCCGCGAGGCACUGGUGGCCAGAAUGUCAGAUCCGAAUGCUAACAAUUAUUACAGUGUGAUACCCAUACAUGCAGUACAGCGGUAUAUGUGUUUUCUCCAGUUUAUCUUUACUCCGGGAUAUGUAGAGGACUUUGAUUCUGAAGCUCCUUCAUGCUUUAUACACGUGACGCCGACGCAAUGGUUCGAUAUGAACUCGAAAUCUCACAGAAAACUGAUAGUUCAUAACGUGUGCGGGAUUAUGCGCUGG